UAACGAGCCUUCUCAAGUAAGCAACAUCUAGGAUGAACGACUAUUACGACCUUAGUUUGCUCACGGAGAAAGUGUCCCAGGUGCAUGUGGAUAAAAAUGACGAAGACACUUCAGUAAACGAGGAUUUGAGUGUCGUCUACGGCAUCAUUGUUGCCUUAGAGCAUCUGGAGAAGGUGUUCGCCAAAGACGGCGUGUCGUACGUGGACUACGAAGAAGCUUGUCGUCUUCUGCUUCAGCAAUGGCGUUCUUGCUUGCGUGAUGAACAUGUCGCUUCCGUCUAUGAAUCUUUUGAUUCUUUUUGCUCUCGUUACAAGCUGCAUUGUCCUCGUGCGAAAACAAAACUUGAAGAACUGACAAACACCACCAGCAGACUUACCGUUGAAACGUCUGUAGAAGACGAAAGAAGAAAUGCAUCUCAAUCACCUCAGACAAACUCUACAGCUAAAGCUGUUGCACAAGUUGUUCAAAACUUUAUCACAAUCAUGGACGCCAUCCGGCUAAAUUUGGUCGCAAAAAAACAAAUGCAUCCUUUACUAGCCGAAUUAAUGUGCAGUUUAGACGACCUGUUUGAAGAUACAAACGAAACGUUAAAAGGAAGAGCUGCUCUCGUUCAAUGGCUCAUAAAAUUAAAUAAGCUAGAAGACGACGCGCAAUUGGAUGCAGACGACCGGCAGUUAUUUCUUCGAGAUUUAGAAGCUAUGUAUACAGAAACGUACAACAAGUUUUAGAUUGAUAAAGAGCAGAUAUAUAUUUCCAAUUGCGUUAUGUUUAAAUGAAUGAAUGAAUGAAUUUACGUACACGCGUUCUAUUCCAA